AAGUGAAACAAACCAAAUGGAGAAGUGUGGAUGUUUGUACCAGUCAGUGAGCAGUGAGCGCUGUGCCACGCUUGGAGGUAUGAAGACUCAAGCCUGAAGAUGUCUGAGUGUAUUUAUGACAAUGACCCUAAAGGAAGCUUGCAGGUGGAGGAAAUAGGAUUAAGUACGGUUAAACAGGCCGAUGAAGCAGAGGAGAAGAUUGUCAUCAUAUACGACAGUGCAGACAACUACCUAAACCAAGACUCCGGAUUAAACAGUGAGAAAGCAGGAGCACAGAAACCAUCGUAUCAGCCGUGUGGGAGGACGGCCUGCAGGUCCACUGCUGUGUGUUUGGGGCUGCUUUGUCUUCUGCUUACAGGAGCCCUUGUCGGCUUUGGACUUGUGUGCAGAAACAAAGCACAGACUUUCAGCAAGACUUUGGUCGAGCUCCGUUCUUUCUGUAGGAACGGAUGUUCAUCAUUCAGCAACAGUUUUUACUACGUAUCUUCAGAAAAAAAGAGCUGGGAGGACAGCAGACAGGCUUGUAAAGACAGAGACGCGGAUUUGGUCAUCAUAAAUAGCAAGGAAGAGCAGGAAUUCAUCAAUUCCUUAAAUCCCAUGUACUGGUGGAUCGGACUGAGUGACCAAGAUGAGGAAGGAGUCUGGAAGUGGGUAGAUGGGACGGUUUUGAGCAACACAUCAUUUUGGGGUCAAAGACAGCCCAGUGGUACCUUUGGAACAAAUAAGGAUUGUGUCUACACAUAUAGGUACUCACAACUGAACAACUGGAAUGAUGAGAAAUGCACAAAAUGGAACCAUUGGAUCUGCGAAAAACUCAUUGACUCCUAACAUAAUGUGACUGUUUCUUGUUUUAUUGUUAAUAAAGCCACUGAUUUUCAUUCAGUAAAACUGUAGAACUUUUAGUAUGUUUAGAACAUCCUGCUCAAAGCUGCAGUCACACCAGAGUAAAACAAGGACAGCAACUAUUGGUGGUCACCUGGGACCUCUUACACAAAGAC